AUGGAGGCUGGCCGUAGCAGCCGAAGGCAGUCGGAGUUCGGCGGUGGGGAUGCAGCAGCGGAGCAGGACGAGCAAGAGCACGAGCGUCGCGACAGCGAGGAUUUGGAGGGGUCGCAGGACGUCGACAGCGGCGGCGAAGGCGACGUCGACAGCGACGAGGUGCACAGAAGACAAGCUUUGGUCCAGUCUUGCGUAGAUGGCUUGGCGAGGGCUCUCAACGAACCGCUCAACGCAGGCACCUUCAUGCACAGCAGAGGCCUGCUCGGUCGGGAGCUUGAGCGAGCUUGGCCCGACUGGGAAGUGGAUGGCGACCUGAAUGACGUUGGCUUUGCCGCGUUGAAUAGUCUGGCAGCUGGCGUCACUAGCCUCGGGCUCGUCAAUUGUCAGACUUUGACAGACGAGCGGCUGAAAGAACUCGCAGCAAGUGUGAGGCACUUGCGGUAUGUGGGUAUAUGCGAUUGCAAUGAGGUUGGCGACGACGGCUUCAUGGGCCUGGUCGGAAUUCACGCUAAUAUACAAGUAUUGGAUGUGUCUGGCUGUCAGGGUGUAAGUGACUUGCUGCUUGAAGCACUCGGUGCAACAGCAAGUCAGUUGGUAAAGGGCAAUUUCUCAAGCUUGAACUCGAAGCUAGGGCGUUAUGUUAGAAGGCCAGCUGAGAUCACAGAUCUUGGCUUGAGCGCGCUUGCUGCAGGCUGUCAGAAACUCGAGUGGCUGGACAUCGGCGGUAGCAAGACGAGCAAUGAAGGAGUUUACAAUUUGGCAAUCGGCUGCAAAAUGCUGUCUGUUCUAAGUCUGGGCAGGUGCGAACGCAUCACCGAUCAGGGGCUUGCGGUGUUGCCCGCGAAACUCGAGGGCCUGACCGAAAUCCAUCUCCACGGGUGCAGGCGCAUCAUGAGGACCGAGCUCUUCUUGGUUCAAUUGCUUCGCUGCUGCCCAUAUUUGAGCCGCAUCACGCUGCCGGGGCAUGCGAUGCGGGCGGAGCGCACGCUGGGUGCGUUAAAGCGACGUGGCGUCAGGGUAGUCAUCUCGCACUCGUGUGCAACGCUCACGCCCGCACCAGGCGGCGCGGGUGGCGAAAGCCCCGCCAGCAAACCCAGCUUGACGGAUCUCGAGCAGCCCGAGAUCUUCCAGAGGCUGGUCGACGACGCAAGCCGGCGCGAGGAGGAGCUGCGGCGCCGCCUGGCCGAGAUGGAGAAGCCAGCGUGGUCGCUGAAGGACGCGGACGCGCUGCAUUUCGAGGGCCCCGUGCACGCACAGAAGCGCGUGGAGGCGCGGAGGGAGGCCGCGCCACCGCCCUCGCAGCAAGCGUCCUCCAGAGGCUCACCGCGCUCGCCGGGCUGGCGCUCUCCGGAGGCAGCCCUCGCCAGGGACGUCUCCAUUCCGAGGUCCUCCCGAGGAUCGCCUUCGCGGCCGGCGUCCCCCCAGAGCUUGCCACGCCCGCUGGGCGGGCGCUCUCCGGAGGGGGCCGACGUCCUCCAGGGGCCUCUCGCAGAGGGUGCCCCGCAACCGGCGUCCUUCAGGGGGUCGCCCUCGCAGCCCGCGUCGUCCAGAGGGAGCCCGCUCGGCGAUCGAGAGGCUCCCCAGGCCAGCGCGGCACCUGGCGAAGGACCCCGCGCCGCGGCAGCCCAGGAGGACGAGAGGGUAGAUCGAGACAAACUAUUAUCCCUCCCCCCUCCUCACCGUCUUAUCUCCCACGGCGGAGGACUGUAUUGGAAUGGAUUUUGA